AUGCCUCAUGAAAAGGGCAACUGGCGCCAUUGGUUUGCAGCAGGUGGUAAGCUGCACUGGCUUGAAAGCGCUCUAGUAUCCGCACAAAUUUUCGGCGUUCUCUUCGCACCACCGGCCUUGCAGAGUCUUUUCUGGACGAAUGCCGUCGUCCAGCUGGGGAUCUUUCUGCCUGUGGUGCAACUCCCAAUACUUCUAACCGGGAAAAUGCUUUAUGUUGACAUUGGCUGGCCUUCUGGACUUGUUGCAAUUGGAGCAACAUCGCUUCUACUGGGUGCUGGGUUGUGGGUUCGUAAAUGCUUGAUAGCAACAUGUUUCCUGCUACAUGGGGGUCGCAUGGCCUUGGGCGUGCUGGUGAUGUGGGGCCAGUCAUCCAACUUUACCUAUCGUUUUCAAGAAGAUCUUCCGAGGUACCAGUAUGCAAAGCAUAAAUGGGUCAGCAUUGAGGGCAUGCCGGAACACACGUGGUGGCUGAAGAUGCAAUUGGACUCUUUUGGCCAGGGAAUCUGCAACAUCAUCAUUCUUUGUGUGCCUGCCUUCUUGGCAGCCAGCAAUCCAGAUGCCUACAUCUCUUGGGUUGAGUGGCUAGGCUUCGCCAUGUGGGCUGCGGCCUGGGUUUUUGAGAGCUUUGCGGACUACCAGAAGAUGCUUUUCCUGGAGGAGUGCAAACAGCUUCAGAAGAGCGACGCCACGUUGGGCCUUGCACCAUUUGACAAGUACUUCUUGUGGUCUUGGUGCCGGCAUCCGAACUACUUCGGCGAGUGGUGCGCCUGGGUCGGUUUGGCAAUUGCUGCCCUCCCAUCUCUCCUUAACGAGAAUGUCGUUCCACAACAACACGCCUUCAUUUUCCGCGUCUAUAUGGUGGGUUUGAUCAUGCUCCCCCGAGUGCUGUAUGAUUGCUUAGUGCAUUGGACUGGUGCUGGGCCGGCGGAGCAUUUCAGUGCCAAGAAGCGGGCAAGCUACCGAGAAUAUCAAGAGAAGGUACGUUGCUUUUUCCCGUUGUCGUUACCAGGCAUAGAUAACCACAUGCAGGCAGGAUGGCCGACGUUUGAGCCGGCAAGUUAG